AUGGCCAAAGAACUUGGCCCCAGAGCCCGGGAACGCGCUCUGGCGGUUGCGGCAGAUGUGGCGCGCCGAAUCCAGGUGGAACUCACUCAGAGCGCAGAGUCGGUGGAACUGCCACCCAUGCGUGGCAAGAGCGUGCAGAAUCUUCGCAAGCUGUAUGGAAUCGGCUCGCAGACAGCGGACGUGGCGUUGCAGGCCUCUUGCGCGCGUCUCUCCAUGGCCGGUGUUACCCUGACGUGGCAGACCCGAAAGAAGUGCGUGGCGGUGGCAGGCCCGUCCAUGCCAGCUGCACACGAGCCGCCAGAACCGCCCGCAAAGAAGAAGUGCCGGGAGCCUCGCACCACCAGGUCCUCCGGUGGCCGCCCACGUGGGGUCGACGAUGAAGUUGGCGCAGCAAUCCGGCUCGCGAACGAGAUACGCUCCGACCUUGAUGUCGGCGAGGAGACAAGGGCAUACGCAAGGCUCGCCACGAAGGCCGUCAGAGAACGAUUCAGCGUUGGUAGUGAAGUGGCUUCCAACGUGCUUCGCCUGGCUCGAGCACGGCUGUCCAUGGCGGGUCUCCAGGCCACUCGCGUGCCCCCACGUGCCAAGAUCUUGGUGUACCGUAAGCCGGUGGAGGAAGCACCCCGCAAGAAGCCUGCAGCUGUGAACCUGCCGAAGCUGCCUAAGCAUUCAGAGCUGGAUCUGCAGGGGAGGCUGCGCAAUCGCCUGGAGAACCGCAAGGCAGCCUCUCCAUCCAAGAUCGAGAUCCAGGUGAUUAGCAGCGACGAGGAAGAAGAGGCCAAGCAGCAAUCGGCAUCACCUGCACGCCCGUCGUCACAGCCGCCGGCAUCGCCUGCAAUGCCCUGCUGGCCGCACCCGUCACAAAGCUCACAGCCAUCACAGCCUCAAGCAUCGCAGGAAUCGCAGGCGCGGCCUCGCUCGCAAUCAGCGUCUCCGGAGCACCCGACCUUGCAGGCAACACGCUCGCGGCCAGGCUCCCACGGACUGCAUCCGGUACCGCCUGUGAGGCCUUGCUCCCAGCCUUCAGCGCCCAAGCGCUCGAGCUCACGGCCCUCUGCAUUGCGCAAGCGGUCGACCUCGCAAGCCCUGCCCGCAUCAACCACGCGGCUUCGCUCGCCUGCAGUAUCUCCUAAGCACUCCAGCCCGCAACCUCCGACAACGGCUGUGUUCAUGGAUCCGCCGCCAUCAAACGGCCGCCCCCGCUGGCGAGAAGGUGUAAUCAAAGUUGAAGAUGGAUCCGUCACCGGCACCGGGCGAACGUCUCUCUCUCCACGCCGGCUCGGCCACGGUUUUGCGCGCUGUUUGUCCAAGUGGCUCCAGUGGGCGAAGAAGCUGCGAAGGAUCGUCCGCCAGAGCCGCAGCAUCAGAGGGCAGAACACCGAGAAGCGCAAGACGGCGUCAAAGCGCGGGGCGUGCGCGAUGAAACAGGAGCCCGUCAUGAAGGAGGGGCACGCGAAGCAAGAGCUGAGAGCCAAGAAGCGCAGAGCAAAGAGAGCAAACUCCGUCGGUCCGGUGCUGGACUUUUCCCAACCCCCGAACAAGCGGGGCAAUCGCAAGACAAGCAGGCCAAGGCCAUCUCAGACAGCACCUUCCACCUUGUGCAUCUCCCAAGUUCCGGGCUGGCUAAUGCGAGUGGUCCUCUACGCAGGUGGCAAUGCCUUUCCAGUCGCUUGCACGCAUCGCCUGGCUGCCUGGAGCAUCCUGUGCGAUUCGCGGCAGGUGUCCUCGGAGCUACGCACGCUCUCCCUGAGCUUGGGACACGACGGUUGGGAGCCCGCAGACCAGAUGCUUCUCGAUGAGAUGCAACGCGUGGUGCAGGUCUUGGGGACCCAAAGACGUGCCCUCAAGUUUUAUAGUUGCAAAGGUUGGUACAGCAGUUGCAAGCUCAAUGAGUACCCUUCCCCAGGUUCUAGAGCAGCCCACUUAAAGCUCCUGAAACUCAAUAAUUCACGCGAAAUGGGGUUUCUGCAGUUGACGGUGCUGUCGAAGUGUGAGCACCGAAGCCCGAAGGCAAGCUUCACCCCGUCCACCCCCCGUAAACCUGAAGCCGUGAACUGUGAACACCAAACUCCCUCAACGGAAAACCGCAAACGCAAUCUGUAA